AUGACCUCAGAACAAGGGCCUGAGGUUCUGAGCAUCAGCACAAAACCGACCGCCAACCUGGGCCAAGACCAGCUUCUCAGCUGUUAUCUUGCCACGGAAAAUCAGCAAAACAGACUCAGUGAGGUCACCUGGGAGAAGAAGGAGCUGCAGGUUUAUAAGUAUGAGAAUGGAGCUCCGGCCCUGGAGGGCCAGGCCCCGGCCUUCAAAGGGAGAGUCCAGCUCUUCCCCGAUGCUGUGACCACGGGAAACGCGUCCCUGCUGCUGAGGGGUGUGCGCAGGAGUGACGAGGGCGAAUACACCUGCACUAUCAAGUCAUCCGCAGGCCAAGGGAAGAUCAACAUUCAGCUCCGAGUGGCAGCGUUUUCAGCUCCCACUUUCAGGUUAUCGGACGACGUUCUGAUCGCCGAGGCCGUUAGAUGGUUCCCUCGACCCACUGUUACCUGGACCAAUCAGGCAGGAGAAGUCCUGGAUGCAAACACCAGUUUGACGGAAAGCUCGUCGGGGAUAUUCAGCGUGGUCAGCUGGCUGCAGCCGGCCGGGGACCACAGCCUGAAGAUGGAAAAUGAUUUAGUGAUGGCACUGUCUAACACCAUCAUAACAGGCACUGCUGUUUCAAGCAGAACCUUCUUCACCUUCAGUGCUGCUCCUUCCCUGUUUGCAUCAGUUCACCUGAACGUCAUGGUCGGCCUCCUCUGUGCACAUUAUCUCAUGGUCCGGGGCAGUAAAGAGUCCUGGAAAGCAUUUGGACCGCCCCGAAUAGCCACCCACAAGCCUCCCAUUGGAGCCCCCCACAACAACAAAAAAAAAAACAGCAUGUCGCAGUCAGAACCGACAAAAACUGCAGAAAAAGCCGCGAAAAAUGCGAAGCCGACGCCGAAAAGCGGUUCUCUGAACCCCAGGGCGGUUUGUAAGGCGUGUAAACGCCUGUACCGGGACCCGAAAAUCCUCCCCUGCCUGCACACCUUCUGCUCGGACUGCAUCGCCCAGCUGGAGCCGUUUUCGGCGUCGUCGCGGAGCCUCGAGGCGGCGGAGGGGAACCGGACCUCCGUCACGGUGCUUUGUCCGGACUGCGACGCCGAGGUGGAGGUACCUCUGUCCGGGCCGGCCGGGCUGAGCACCGACCACCUGGCGCUGGACGAAGUGUUCCUGGAAACUCUGGUGUCCGAAGGCCCGCUGGGGUGCGACCUUUGCGGGGAAGGAGGCGCCGAGAGCCGCUGCGAGGCCCUGGAGGAGCUUAAAGCCGGGGGGCGUCUGUGCCGUCCCGUUCUCUGCUCCCUGCACGCCGGCCAGGAGCUGCGGCUCUUCUGCCGGCCCUGCGACCUCCCCGUCUGCUUGGAGUGCGCCGCCACGCUGCACCGCGAGCACCUCUGCUGUCCCACGCAGGACGUGGUCCAUCUCCACGGCGACCGCAUCCGGGAGCUGGUGGGCGUGUUUCUGCGCCCCCGCCUGGAGCGGCUGGAGGAGUCGCUGCAGAAGGUGGAAACCUCCCAGAGGACUUUGCAGGAGCGCGUGGAGGCAACAGCCAAUGAGAUUCGAGCGUUUGCUCGGGGCUACGCCAGCGCCGUGGAGUCCCACUGCCUGUCUCUGCUGCGUCGGCUGGAGGAGCUCCGGCUCAAUCGCAGGAACCGGCUCCAGCUGCAGAGGGAGCAGCUGCAGCAGGCUCUGCUGGACCUGGCCGGCGGCGUGGAGUUCGCCGAGCGCCUGCUGAGCUGCGGCUCCGACGCCGAGAUCCUCAGCGCCAAAGGCGUGACCCUGCGGAGGCUCACCCGGCUGGCCGAGAGCAGCCUGGACCCCCACCCGGCAGCCUCCGACGACGGCGGCGGGAUCCGCUUCAUGCCCAGGGAGCCCGCGGGCGAGGUGGACGGCUUCCCCGUGCUGGGCGUGGUCAGCUCUAAGGCCGUAGACGCCAGCAGGUGCACCGUAGAGGGGGAAGGUCUGCGGCGGGGCCGGCAGGGCCAGGAGGGCCGCUUCACCCUGGUGUGCCGCGACGCCGCCGGAGAGCAGAUGGCUGGAGGGGGAGAGCACGUCCUGGUCAGCAUCGUCCACACAGAGAAAAAAAACUGCACAGUGGAGGCGGCGGUGGCCGACAACAGCAACGGGACGUACGGCGUUUCCUACACACCUGUGGAGCCGGGGCCGUACUCUGUGUGGGUCUGUGUGAAAGCCCAGCACAUCCAGGUGAGACCCGCCGCCCCCGGGCCGGGCCAGGUGCCCUCCGGCCCCCGGGGUGAGCCGGCCUCACCGGCCCCCGUGUCCCCGCAGGGCUCCCCCUUCGCUCUGAGCGUGAAGCGGAAGAUGAGGCACCACGGCGGGACGUUCCACUGCUGCUCCUUCUGCUCCAGCGGGGGGGCCAAAGAGGCUCGCUGCGGCUGCGCGGGAACCAUGCCGGGAGGGUUCAAAGGCUGUGGACACGGCCACAGGGGGCAUCCCGGGAAGCCCCACUGGUCCUGCUGCGGCAGCACGGCCGAGAAGUCGGAGUGUCUGCCCCAAAGCGUGCUGGCCGCCGUGUCCCCCCGCGGCCACCUGAGAACCGUGGAGCUCUGAUACGACCCCCAAGACGAGCUGACGCGAGUCCGGGAAGGCCGGCAGGUCAGGGGGGGGCUGGAAUGAGCCUCGGGCCACUGGGGGGAAAUCCUGGGCACGGUCCAGAGAGGAGCCAGGCAGGGCUUCAAAGUCACAGUUGUUUUUUUAGCUCUGCUGAAUCCGCCGGCGUGACUGUGACCCAGCUCCCCAUUUAGGAGGGAAAAAGCCUUCCCGGAAGCAUCCUGAGACCACGUAGCGGAGAGAGGAUAACAUUUGGCUCCAUCGUUGCUCCUUGUUUGUUCCUCCGAAAAUCAUCUGCUGUCAUGUGGAUUUUUGAGGGGUCUAACUAUCCUAAAUCCUAUCCUAUGAAAACAAUCCUUUUGAACACUGAGCCGUUGUAUUUUUGUAUUUUUUUUUACAUCCCAUCAUCAAAGACUGGUUGAAUAAUGAUGAAAUCCUCACCGUACUGUAACAAUCCCCGUUUGAAAGCUCAAAGUGGUGCAAGACUAACAUAAAAAGGGCUUUGAUCCAGAUCCUCCAUCAUUUCUAUAUCUAACAGUCAUAUUUUUGUAUGGUAUUCUAAAGUGUUUCUGUGAAGUAUUUGCAACCCCCAGGGACAAAAGGUUAUUAACAUAAGCCAGUAUUUUUUCCAACGGAACACUGAAAACAUUUCAUAACUUUGAUGACAUUAGCUAAAACACUGGGAAGGCAAAGUGAUUAUUAAAAAAAAAAAAAAAAAUGCAGAAAUGUGUAAUUUAAUUUCCUUGGGGAUAAAAAGAACACAUUUUGUACUUCUUUUUCACUGUUUGUCUUUUGUUUGUCAGCUGCUAGCUUCCCCACUAUUUAAAGAGGAGGAAAUAUUCAGAUGUGAUGCAAAAGGUGUAACAUUUCAGCACUUUGACCAUCAUUCUGACUUUGUCUGUUUUUGUCGCCGUGCUAACAUGUACAUGCCUUCUAAAUGAAAAUCGGGUCUGAAGGUUUUGGUUUGAUUAACAUUUUCAGUUGUAUUUAGGUAAGAAAGGAAGGAGUCAGCACACUCCUGACGGGGUCUGACGUUUCCUGUUCUAAAUGAAUAUGAAACGGAACUUCA